GCUGUCGAAAAACUAACACCGUAUGUAUGUAGGCAUAUUCUAACUUUGUGGUGGUUUAUUGACGUUGUUUUAAUGUUUAAAUGGAACUAAAUCGGCGUUGCGUGUAAUUUAGCAUUAGCUUAGCUGCACGGGUGGAAAACUCACAAGUUAAAAUAAUGUCACGUCAGCAACGAUAUAGACACAACAAGCUUUAUAUUUAGUGUAGCCUGAAGGAGCAGGAUGAAGACUGACGAUCUCUUGCACUGUGAGGAGCAGCUGAGGACCACACUGCACUGUGAUGACAAGGAGAAGCUUCGGAGGAAGUUGGCCCAGCUGCAGAGGGAAUAUCUCAAGACAGCGCAGAGACUGCAGCGCGCUGAGCGUCUGGAUGCGGUGCGGAGACAUGUGAGGAGCAGGAUCUCUCAGCAGAACAAACAGACCCAGAAGUCACACUCUGAGCCUGCCUCGUUGAUACUGAAGAGCAAUGAUGGAGAUGUGCCAGAUGAUCAAGAACCUCCUGAACAUUCGGCAGAUGGUGAUCACCCAAGAAAGAGCCAAGCAAUUAGGUUUAUGCUCCCCUCAGAUGCUUCUUGUCCUCAAACUCCAAAUCCUAGCCCUGUCACACAGAGUGGCUCCAGACCGAGUUCUGGCCUGCGUCUCAGGUCACGUCGCAGCCGUCUCCGACUGGAAAGGAGAAGUACAGAGGUCGGGAGGAGCAUAGAUAACAGUGAGAAGGGACAGGAUCAGAGUGACAGAGUGGAAUAUGAUGGAACUGCAGGAGAGGAGGAGGAUGAAGUCAAAUCAGAGCGAGUUGAUGCAGUGCAUGAAAGUGAAGAACUAUUUUCAAGUGCAGACUCUGAAUCUCCCUCGCUGCUGCUCACACACUGGACUGCUCAUGGAUACACUGACACAGAAGAUGUUGCGGAAAACGGUGCACCAAGAAGAAAGAAACUCAAAAACAACAACACAGAAAAUAGAAGCAGAGAAGCGGAAAGAGAAGAGGAGGAUGCAAUUUUUGAGGGAGUGACAGAUUUGAAACUACAACAGGAGAGCUAUAAUGAAGCAGCUGAGAAAAUAAAUAGUGACCAAAAUCCUGAUGAUAUGACAAUGAAGGCAGGACUGAAUCAGAUCACAAGAGAUGAAAAGAGUUCCGGCCUUCAGGAAUCUUGUACUAUAGUGGAAGGACUACUUUUCCCCGCUAGGUAUUAUGUUCGAACCACCAAGGCGUAUGAGUUCUCACAGACUCAGCCUGACAUGCAGGCUGUUAUACUCUCUCUAAAUGCACCGCGACAUCGCAGGAGUCGGGGUCGUGGCAGAGCACAGACUAAGAGCACUGCUGAACAUUCCAACAUGCACAUUCGGACAGAUCUCCCUUCUCAGAUAGCUGCCCCUUCAUCUGCUGGCCCUCUGAAUGCAACUCUUGAGAGAUCUGGUGAAAAUCUGGAUUUAAUCUCGCAUAGUCAGAUGGACCCAGAAGCUGUUUUAUCCCCUUCAGUCACUGGAGCUCCUCCUGUAAGGGGCAGGAGGAAGAGAGGUCGAGGCAGAGGAAGACCUCGGACUCCAAGGUCUACAAGCACCCCAAUGUCGAUCUCACAGAGCCCCUCAGCUGAUGGGAUGAAGCUUUGCGUCACCCAAAAGGAAACGUUAAUAGUGCCAGAUGAAACCAUGCCAGCACCCAGCCACUACACUGUUUCUCAGCUUUCUCCUGAACUUAUUGAAACUCAGUCCACUUCUGGUUCUGGACAGACGCAAAAGGUCUUUCCUGUUUUUAUGAAGACCGGCAUCAAAACUACGCAAUUGCCAUGUAGGAACAGAGGCUCAGCAAGCUGGCAGUCCCUCCUCCUUCCAUCCUCCUCACCCACUCCAUCAUCUCUGCUUCCUCUCCCUUCCCUGUCCCCUCUCCUCCCAGUCAAAGACCUGUCCGCCAUGAGCAUCCAGGAUUUUCACCUCCCAGACGAGCAGUUUGCCUCCCUGAAGCUACAGAAGCUUCGCAGUGUGGCCGUGGAACUAGGAACUGAGGAUUUCUCAUCCUCAUCUCACAACACGUGCAGCAGCUACCAGCGCUCCAGCCCUCACUGCUUCAGCGCUAACAGCCCGGUGACACCUCUCCCCCUCCCACUCAGCCUCACUCCCACAGCUUCCAAUUUGCCACAUGCUGAUGAAGAUCACCGAGCUGCCACGCUGUCUGCAAGUCUCCAAAACCUGUCAACAGAGCACAAGCAUAGAGAUGAACUGAGCAAGCAGCCUUCAACAGAUGGAGAUAUAACAGAAACCUGCAAAGAGGAGCUGACCGAACACCUUCAGGCAGAGAUUCACAGCAACACAUCAUGUUCUGUCUCACGAGUAGAAGUGAGUGAAGGUGGCGACUGCCUGCCUACACAUAAAGAGGAUGAAACACAGGCUCUGUGUGGCAAGUCGGUCAGCUGCACACAAACCAACAAACAUGCUCUCCUAAAAUCUGAACAAGCAAUUUAUUGUGGAGAGGAUCAAAGGUCUGGAAACACCCAAGCAGAGAAACCUUUUCCCAGUUAUUGCCCGCUGCAGGAUAGACCGAAGGAGCCCUCUAACACCUGCGAUUGUUUACAAACCACUGAAUCUCCAGAAGAGUCUUCCGUUAAUCAACUGAAUGUGAAAUCUCCUGCUGAAGUUUCAGAACAGCCAUCUGAGGCUGGCGCACGUCUUACCGCAGGAGUGCCGACUGAAGAAGAAAUAAGUGCUGUUCACACUCAUGUCCUCCUCAGUUCUCCCCCAGCUUCAGCACCUUGCCAGUUCAUCACCCCACAUCUGCCCUCAUCCACCCUCACCUCCAGCCCGGAGCUUCCCUCCCUCGGAAUCACCCCCCAUCCGGACGCUGCUGGCCUCCCCCUGAUUUCCUCGCCCUCGGCUCUGCCCCCCAGCCUGCCUCCUCCAGCUCUCUCCCCCCCGUCUGCGGCAGCAGGAGGAUCUCUGGUGGACGCGUACUGCUUUAUCGACCCCUCAGGUACUUUGUGUGUUGCAGCGGCAGGAAAAUGGGCUGUGUGUCUUUGGAGUCAGACUUCAGCUUUGGACUGGAGUUUAAAACACACCUGGACAUUCAGUGAGCCUGUAGUCACGUGUUUCCACGUCCGGGACGGUGCAGUGAUGUGUGUGACUCUGGGUCAGCUGGAAAUCAGAGAAGUGAGGACGCUGUCGAGUUCCCGCCUCACGCAGAAGCUGACCUGUGAGGGUGUCUUCCAGGCGGUUAUCGGGCUGUCUGAGUCCAGAGUGGUUACAUCCUCGCCGUCGGCGACUGGUUCCAUGCAGGUGUUGGCAUUGUCAGAAAGCAGCAGCUCACCUAGCUGUCAUUCUCUUGCGUCUCCUGGCGUUUGUGUCGGGGCCCUCGCUCCGGUUGAAGGGCUGUCAAAUGCGCUCAUCGGCACUGAUGAAAGCGGACACCUCUUUGUUUGGAACGUGAAGAGUGGACAGCUGCUGUGUAAAGUCGCGUUCGGAGAAGAUUUCUCGCACACAGCCUGUCUCAGAGGAUACUCCCACUGUGGAGUGCUGUUUGUCCUGCUGCAGCAUCACUUUCUGAGCUCCCUCGAAAAAGAAGAAGAGAAAAAGGUGUUGAAGGACAACACAAGAGACCACCUGUUCUCCUUGGUGGCGGUUAACCCCCUGAGCGGAAAGUCUGUCCCGGCUGCUCGUCUUUAUCCGCCUGCUGCCUGGACCGACAGUCUGUGUGAAGCCGACGUUAACCGCACCGGUGUGGUGGGCCUGAGUCAACGUGGCUGCGUCUGCGUGUGGGAGCUCGGGCAGCGGGGGGCUCCGCGGACGCUGCAGGCUCCCGAGAGUGACGCCUGGCAGCUGGCUCGGUGGGGAGGGGCCGACAUGCUGGUGAUCGGGCAUCUCAACGGAGAUGUUACUUUACACAGCUGCAACUGAAAACGCUCUCAGAAAACAUGUUAAGUCCCACAGUCACUCUGAAUAUUUAACACCACAGAAUCACAUCUGGCUGCUUCACCUACUUAGAUUUUAGUUGAAAAUCUUUCUUCUCAAAUUCAUCUACAACAUUUUGUAGAUACUUACUAUAGAUAAUUUCUGAUUAAAUUCAUCCCCAGUAUUGUGUUUGCACUCUGUCAGCCCUCUGUCCCAACCUCUACAGGGUUCACGCUUUGCCCUUCAGUUUUUGGAAAUGCUUUUUAAAGCACAUAUAUUGCACACUGAAGUUCUUUGUGUAAAAAUGCCCAAUGUUUUAGAUCACUGUGAUGCCAUGCUAAAAACCUGCUGGGUUUUUUUUGUUUGUUUGUUUUACUACUGCUGCUGUGGUUGUUUGUGUACAUGCAUGUUGUUGUAUUUGUUAAAUGUAAAGAAAAUUACUUGUUACCAAAGAUUGUUUUA